AUGUGACAUUUCAGUUACAGUUUAAGUUCUUUUUUGCCACCCCAGCCCCCACAGCUUCUUCAGUUCUAACUUGUCUUUCCAUAGUGGCUCACAGGACUGACUUACCUGGUGGGUGUUUGUGCUCACAGAACCUAGGUGUCCUCCCUUCUCAUUCCCAGUCAGCCAGCAGGUUUGCUUGUUAGAGCUUGUCCAGAGGGGUGUGGCCACCAUGUCGUCCUGUCCUCCUGGCAUUGGUUCUCUUGCCCUCUUAAGAAACCUGCCGACUCUUCGCCCUCCCAUCUCCUGUUGGGAGAGCUCACCAUAGGCUUUUCCAGACUGUCACCAGCUGAAAGCAUAUGCUGUCUGAUUGGUCUUUCUUGGGCCACUGAUCCCUUUAACAUGGUCCACUGUCUUUAUGCAGGAUAAACUUUUCCUCACUUUUCCAGGGGCAGUGACGUGCAUUCACACUUCCAGGAAAAAGUGGCCUUCCACAGUCAAAUAUAUCAUAGUUUAUAAAAUGACAUUCUCAAAAUUCAUAGUAAUAGCUGCCAUUUUCUGAACAUGCAGGUAUCAGGGUUUUUAACCAAGCACUUGGUGCACACUGUUUGUUUAAUUCUCAUAUUACAAUUAUGCCACAAGUGGUGAUAUUCCCAUUUUAAAAUGAGCAAACUGAGGCUUAGAGUAGCUGUUGGCAACAAUUUGAGCCUAGAGUUAUCUCUACAGUAUGUGAUUGUUUUGCCUCCAAUAGAAAAAGAGGUUUGUUCCAUUGUCAGGGCAGAACAGACUGUGUCAUUCACACAGGCUCUCUCCAACCUUCUUGCCCACAGCCCCAGCCCCCUCAGGCGCAGGGAGCCCCUGGGCAGAGCCUCCUUCAGCAGAGCAGAGAUGGCCUCAGUGGACUUCAAGACUUACGUGGAUCAGGCCUGCAGAGCCGCUGAGGAGUUCGUCAACGUCUACUACACCACCAUGGAUAAGCGCCGGCGUCUGCUGUCCCGCCUCUACAUGGGCACGGCUACCCUGGUGUGGAAUGGAAAUGCCGUGUCAGGACAAGAGUCCUUGAGUGAGUUUUUUGAAAUGUUGCCCUCCAGUGAGUUCCAAAUCAACGUGGUAGACUGCCAGCCUGUCCAUGAUGAAGCCACCCCCAGCCAGACUACAGUCCUCGUCGUGAUCUGUGGAACAGUGAAGUUUGAGGGCAACAAACAACGGGACUUCAACCAGAACUUCAUCCUGACGGCCCAGGCCUCGCCCAGUAAUGCGGUGUGGAAGAUAGCUAGUGACUGCUUCCGGUUCCAGGACUGGGCCAGCUAGUGGGGGCAGGACAGGCCUCUGCCUCAGCCCCAGCUCUGUAGGGAAAUGCAGAUCGCACAAUGUGGGGACACAAGUCCUCUCUGUGGUUGCAGGCUACACCGCCAGGCUAUGCUCUGUGUUUGCUCGAGCCCCAGGAGCCUUUCUGAGCAUAUACUUGUUUGUCAUAGUUGCCUUUUCAAAGUAGUAAAAUUUUCUAUUUUUCUAUUUGCACAGUAGAGACCCUGGUUCUGGAAAUUCUGACAAAUAAAAACUAAUACCAAUGUUG